AAUUUCUGUGAACUAUUGAAUUCCCUUUUUUGCAUUACUAAUCUUAUGUUUCAAUUUUUUUUAAAUUGUUUUGGGGUUCUUGAUGAUUUUUGGAAAUCUGGUCAUGCAUGAAAACAAAUGGAGGUGGCAAGUGGAAUUAUAAUCCUUUUUUUUUAAUGAUGUAACUGUAUAUUUAUUCCAUUUUCUAGAGCUGAGUUUCUAUGAAAACAACCAUAAAGGUAGUGCUAAGGCGUGCGUACAUGUCACUCCCUCAGACCCCACUUGUGAGACUAGAUUGAUUAUGUUAUUGUUGUUGUUGUUUGUUUGUUUGUAUAUUUAUUCCAUUUUCUCGAGCUGAGCGUCUAUUGAAAACAACCUAAUGGUAAGGUAUGCAUUACACGUCACCCCACUUGUGAGGCUACAUUGAUUAUGUUGUUGUUGUUUGUUUGUUUGUUUGGAUAUUUAUUCCCUUGUGUGUGUGAUUUGUCUUGUAGGCCUAGGUAGUAUUUUCGAUAUGGAGCAUAGAUAUUUAUGUGAAAACUGACUGAAAUUUUGCUAGAUGCUAGAUUUGAACCUAUAAUUUUAGAAGUACAAUUAGUUCAGUGCUUAAAGUGUUAAAAUCAUUAAAGGCUGAAUUCAUUAAGUUUAAAAUCUUGGAUCCGCUCAGGCCUUAGAAGUGAUCUUGAAUUGGUUUUCUAGGACAUUAAAGUUUCGAUUCUGAUAGGUGUGCCUGACAUGAAAGUUCCUCGCUUCCAAGUCUUUUAUUCAUAUUAUAAUUAUGUUUAGCCUUAGUAGAAGUGGGUAGCGGCACCUCUUUUGAUCGUGAUGAUUGAUUGAUAGCGCUGAGCACAGAUGACCAUAUCUUAGACAAUUAAACUCUCAAACUAUUGUGUGGUCGGGUCUAUCCGCCUUUUGGAGGUAUUACCACUGUUCUGUAGGAGCAGAAUGGCAAGCAAGUGGUGCCACGACGAUACAAAAUGUAACUUGUGGUGUGAUGGUCGUUGGAGUGCCCUCACUUGGUGUGCGUUCGAGUAACUCAGUUCAUGUUUUCUAGAGCACUGAUUAUAAAGCCUUUAGGUUUUUUCGCUCUGCAUUAUAGCAUAGAACACAUGAUGUGCCACGAAGUACUACUUUGCUGCACUUAUAGCCAAUUAACCAGACCAAUUUCCGUAGUUGUUAGGACUUGGGAGGACAAUAUGAAUUAUCGCCGUAUGGUUAAACAAGGACCAGCUUGUAAUGAGCAACUUUGUUAUAUCAUAGCAUAGUCGCCUAUGAGGGCAUCUAUCAUGGCGGUGGCGUCAAAGAAGAAAAAAGGGGUCUUUGUUGACGGGGUAACAUGCGGAAUAAAGGUUAAACAGCUAGUGUUUAUGGGGGUUAUGUGUAUAGUUAUGAUGUUUACUGUGUAUAGGACCAAUAAUUAUCAGUAUCAACAGACAAAGAUGGAGUCGAAAAUGGAUUCGUUUUAUUCUUCAAAGAAUUCUGAUGUAGAUAUCACACGUUUGAACAGUUUGCCUCGUGGUAUUAUCCAAGCAAGGUCGGAUCUAGAAUUGAAGCCCCUUUGGUCUACAAGUCAUUCAAAGUCCAAGGCUAGCGUUUCUAGUUCUCGUAACCUGUUGGCAAUGGCAGUUGGUAUUAAACAAAAGAGCAAUGUUGAUACUCUUGUCCAAAAGUUUCUUUCAGAGAAUUUUACAAUCAUCUUGUUCCACUAUGACGGACAUGUUGAUGGGUGGUGGGACCUCCAAUGGAGUAAAGAAGCCGUUCAUAUUGUUGCGAACAACCAAACUAAAUGGUGGUUUGCGAAGCGGUUCUUACAUCCUUCUGCUGUUUCUAUUUACGAUUACAUUUUCCUUUGGGAUGAAGAUUUGGGCGUGAAGAAUUUCCAUCCUGGAAGGUACCUUGAAAUUGUGAAAUCAGAAGGACUGGAAAUUUCCCAGCCAGCCUUGGAUCGGAACUCAACUGAUAUACACCAUAGAAUCACAAUAAGAAGCAAAAGAAAAAGAUUCCACAGACGAGUGUAUGAUAGUAGAGGUAGUACAAAAUGUUCAGCUGAAAGCGAAGGUCCUCCAUGCAGCGGAUUUGUGGAAGGAAUGGCUCCAGUCUUUUCAAUCUCUGCUUGGCUGUGUGCUUGGCAUCUUAUACAGAAUGAUCUUGUUCAUGGAUGGGGAAUGGACAUGAAACUUGGUUAUUGUGCUCAGGGGGACCGAACCAAAAAAGUUGGAAUAGUUGAUAGUGAAUAUAUCGUCCACCAGGGCAUUCAAACUUUAGGAGGGCCAUCUCUGAAGAAGCGUUCAAAUCUUGAAGAGUCCGUGAAGAGACACGUUGUUGACGUGCGAUCUGAGAUUCGACGACAGUCAAUGUAUGAGCUACAAAUAUUUAAGGAUCGGUGGGAACGAGCUGUGGAGGAAGACAAGAACUGGGUCGAUCCAGUUGAAGCGAUCAACCGAAGACGUAAACGACGACGCAAGCAAAUACGAAAAUUACAGGUUAAGCUAAAAUAACGUUUUAACGAUUAUCAGAGAUGCAUACAAUGUCUUGAUCAAAGAUAAUAAUAGGAGGUUUAGCUUUAACACGAGUGUCAGUACUUUUUGCCGUAUCAUUUGACCUCACACACGCAGUUGCAAUGGAACUUGUAAAUUGUUACUGUAUAGGCCUAUUGAAUUUCCAUAA